AUGGUUCGCCAUCUGGCUGCUUGUCAUGGUCACGAGGUCGUCGUUGGCUCAGCCAGCUGUGGUAUCCAUCCUGCACCCCAAGGAGGCACCAGUCCUUGCUCCGCGGCGCCCUGCCCCAAAGGCAAACGAGCCCAGACUUCGAACCAGCGCGCCAUCGAUGCCCCGUGCCGUCCCUCUGACAACUGCGGCCCCGCCGGCACUCUUUUUCCUGGCCCCGCACAAGAGCGGGAGUAUGUUUGUGCAAGACGUGCUCAAGCGCCUCGUCGACCAUCUCGACGCCUGCUGGCAUCGGAUUGCUCAACAGAGCUUUGCAGGAGUGUGCGCCGACUACAAACGGUCAUGACGCAGAGUCCUGUGGCCUUACAGCGCCACAGCGAAAUGCCGGCUGCCCUGCACGGUUUUAUUUAUGGGCCUAUUCGCAUCAACGUUCUGCCAUUGGCCGUCUUCGACCAGCUGCAGGCAGCUGGCUACAACGUGACAAUUGUGCUCCACCACCGGCACCCGUUGGAUCAGAUCGUCAGCGAGUUUUGGAGCUUUGGCUACACCCACCCACCACCCAAUGCUCGUACCCGGACGGCCGAGCAGCUUCAGCUGGUAAACACCCCCACCACAGCGCCCUCAGUCCCUGCGCCCUUUGCGUCCACUGCCGUCUCAUGCCGAACCUAUUUGGACGCGAGGUGCUGCCCUCUGCUUGCCAUACCUCAGGCCGCUACGGUCUUUGUAUUUGAUCGCAAGGCUCUCAACCACGAUAAGAGUGUCUCAAAGGCCGAUCGUGAAGCCAUCUUAGCGGUGCUCCGCCGUGGCGCUCUUCAACUGGGCAAGCUGCAUCACCCCUACGUGGUCAAAGUGUGCAUGCCCCUGCAAGAAACCAAGGACUGGCUGGCCUUUGCCACUGAGCCACUGCUAGCCAGCCUUGCCCACGCUUUGCGUCCCACUCUCCCCCAAGUACAUGAUUUGCUGCCAUAUGCUCUGCCCUGUGUGUGCUGUCCGUUCCCGGUCGACCGAAAGACCGGGUGCAGCGUCAUCCCGAUUUGCUCGCUUCGACCGUUUCCACACUCGAGCUUACGGCUUGACCUGAUGCGUCAGGAUGGCCAGCCAGCGGUUUUGCCGGCAGACCUGUCCACGGUCGAACUGGACAUGGGCUUUGUUCAGCUCAUGCCAGGCCUGGCCUUGGAAAGCCGAGAUAAGGUUAUGGCACCGUUUGUCUUGCCGAGUAUCUUUGCCGUGGCCCAGCUCGUGACGCCCGAGGAAUAUGAAGAGGAGCUAUGGCCAGCCAUCGAACCCUUGCUCCACAUCCACGACCCGAUCCAGGUGCGAACAUGUUGCAAGAGGCUUGUGCGACACUUGAGCGCAGCCAAGGACAUGCUCAUUGGUGUGCCUCGGUCGUCUGGGUGGGCUACGCUGCAGUCUUUGGGUGAGCUGCCGAAUUUUGCGCACGUCAUUGGCUAUGACGCCCUCAAGUCUGAAAUUUUGCCUCGGAUCGAGUUGGGCAAGAUGUUCAAAUUGGUGCGGGGCAUGCUCGAUGUGGUCCAAGCGGCUCGAUUGGAAGAGGCCCACCGUGUUGAAACCCUAUCAAGCCUAACGGCUGAAGCUGGUACAGCUGGAGCUGGUGCAGCAGGGGCCGCGGCCAAGUCUGUGAGCCAAAGUGGUGAUCAUGACUUUCUCGCCCAGCUUUCUCAGGCUUCAUCGGCGCAUUCGAGUGAAAGCAGCGUGAGCAAGCCUGCCGCCGUGGCGAACGGCGCUGAAAAGGGCAGGAGCGCGGGUGACGUCGACCUCUUGGGGUGGACUUCCGCUGCCUCGGCCUCAGCCCCAACAUUUUCCUCAGUGCCAGGACAGAACCCAUUUGGCUCGGAUCCGGCUGGGUCGUCUGUAAUGGAUCGCAAUGGCACGACCUCCGCCGCACAUGGCGCAAACGAUUGGGCAUUUGGGUCCAACCCUGCGCCUGCUGCCUCCGCCUCAGGCCCAAUUCCUCAAAUGCAAAACCCCUUUGCUUCCACGGCAACCUCAACAUUGUCGAAUGACUUUGAUUUGCUGGGCUUUGGUUCUAGCGGGCCUGCUGCACCCAGCUCGACCGCGGCUCCAGCACUCGAUACUGGUACAGAUGUGUUUUUCUCAGGCCUUGGGGCCUCGACGGCCUCGUCCUAUGUCCCGCCCACUGUGCCGACCUCGAGCUUUGGUGCUUCAUCCACGGCGGCUCCCAGCAAGAGCAAAGUAGAUCUCAGCGAGUUUGACGUUUUUGCUUGA